AUGGAUUUGUCGGUCUUGCCGUUCUUCCAGUUCGCCAUCCCUGUGGUGGCCGUCGUGGCAUGCAUUUUUUUAGUGUACGCUUUUGGAUUCAAGCCCACAACGACCCCUGCUUUCACGAAAAUCAUCACUGAAGAUGACGAGGACAAACAGAAAGUUGCUAAGAAAACCAAGACCAAAAGAAGUCAAACCAAGACAAACAGCCUUGUAAUUGAGAAUCAUGCCAUUAAACCAACAGUCACUGCAUCUCCUGCCAAGCCAAUGAAACUUGUGUCAAAUGCUGAACCAAAAAAAGCUGCUAAGAAGAUCGAUAGACCAGUAGAACCAAAAACAAAUGAAGUUUCAAAGAAAGAAGUGGAUGACAAAGAUAGUAUGAACGAAGUUAGUGAUGACUGGAUGACAGCAGUAUCGAAGAAAGGAAGGAAGAACAAAGGAAAGAAGGAGAAUGGACCAAAUGAUGAAGAGGAUGAUUCACCUCUUGAAGUUAAGAAACAUGUUACAGUUGCUGAUGACAACAACAACUUCUUGAAACUUGAUAAGAAUAUGGUUGAGAAGGAGAAGCAGCCAAGUGAAGGGGAUGUUGUGUCAGAUGAACUUCCUGACCAGCAAGUGCCAUCUGCUUGCAAAGUUGCUGAGGUUCUUGCAGACACUGCGGUUGCUGCUGUUUCUGCUUAUAUUGACCUAUCGGCUGCCAGCACUGUUCCACACGUUGAUGCAUGUUUUCAAGAGGCUCCUGAGGUUUUGGUGCUGAUGAAGAAGAAAAGAAACUCUGACAAAAGGAAGAAUAUUAACGUGAAGGGAGACAAUGCUACUGCUACUGCAGCUGAUUCACAUCAGUUGUUGAGAAACCUUUUGCAACAACAUCCUGCUCCAUGUAAGUCCUUUGAUGAACCCAAGAAAGAAGGUGUUGUGCUGGAUGCUGUUGGUCAACCUUCAGAUGACUUUGAGACUGUCGUCGCAUCAAAAACUUCAAAGAAGAAGAAGAAGAAUGCUGACAAUAAGAAACAUUUGCAGAACAGCCUUCCAGAACCACAUUCAGCUGAAGAGUCACAUUUGAUGCAAGUUGUGCCAACGAUUAUCCACCACCAACAACAACCAACAACAGUUACUCAUGAAAUCAAUUACAAUCACGUUGAAUAUGAACAACAAACAGCCAACAACAUUCCUCAGUCUGAAGUUGAGCCACAGUCACCUGAACUGCAACAACAACUACAGCCAAAGGUUGAAGCAGGUUUGAACCAGCUCUCUGAUGGCCAGGAACGUGAACAUGUGCCAUCAGAAGGUUAUUUCCAACGACAUUCAACAAUAUCAAUGAACUAA